UGAUGCGGCUGGCCGAUUGACGAAGCCGAGGAGACAGCUCGACCUGGAACGUGUCGCCUCGAUCCUUCGAUUCAACCGCCGCUGCGCAGCGCUGCGUCUCCUCCGCCGCCUCUGACGCACAUCGCCGCGCCGCAUGCCCGCAUCCGCCAUCGGCCGCAUGCCCGCAUCCGCCAUCGGCCGCAUGCCCGCAUCCGCCAUCGGCCGCGUCACCAAUCUGCCAUCUUGGAUCUAGCAGAUCGAUCUCCUCGCGCCUGUUCGCUGCUUCGCCUCCAAUUGAGAAACGGCGGCAGCACCAGCGCACACACAUCAGGCACCGACACUGAUUCCUCUGAUUGUUUUUUACGAGUCACAUCCUGUCAAUUUUGAGUGUGGUUUGCAUUGGCUUGCUAGAAAACUUGUGAAGCAGUACAGGGAAAACAAGGUGUGAAAUAUGAAGAACAAGGAGGGCGGUGAUUUGAAGCGUUUGUGGGACAGAGCUGCUUCAAAGGCGCCGAAGAUAAGUUCAACAUCAACACCAACAUCGGUAUCUAUCGAUGCUGAAAACCAAGAUCAAGAUCAAAAUGUUUGUAACCCACCUUCCAACGAACUACAGUUGGCACUAGUGCAGACAAGUAAUAACAGUGGCAUGGAACCAGAGAUAGGUUCGCCAGAUGUAGAAGAUGAAGAUUCGGAUGAAGAAUUUGAUGAUGAAGCAGUGUAUGUACUUCAGCCUGAUCCCGGGAAGAGGAUUCCCAUCAUGAACUAUGACGUCAAUGACCAAGACUUGGUGAGAAGGAGAUACAUUGCAAUGGGGGCUUGUCAACCAAAGAAACAUCAAUUCAAAAUAACAAAAAUUGGAGGUAAUAACCGUCGCUUUUCAGCUCAUUGGUUUGACACAUGCGAAUGGCUUGAGUAUAGUGUUGAACUAGAUGCGGUGUUUUGCUUUGUUUGCUACUUGUUCAAGGAUAAAACUAAACAUAAAGGUGGUGAUGCUUUUGUGAAAGGAGGGUUCAGAAAUUGGAACAUGAUGAAAAAUAGGUGUGGAAAACAUUCUGGUUCUCUCACUAGUGCUCAUUGUGAAGCUCAAGAGAAAUAUGAUUUGUUCAUUAAGCCCGAUGCAUCAAUUAGGCAGUCUAUGGCUUCAACUUCCAAACAAGCCAAGGCUCGAUAUAUUUCUCGACUAGGUUAUUCUAUUUACUGUCUGAGAUUUCUUUUGAAGCAAGGCUUGGCUUUUCGCGGUCAUGAUGAAAGUGAAGAAUCACUUAACAAGGGGAAUUUUCUUGAGCUUUUAAAUCAUCUAGCAGAAAGGUUUGAAGAUGUCGACAAAGUGGUUCUAAGAAAUGCUCCAAAGAACUGUAAAAUGACAUGCCAUGAUAUACAGUUAGAACUCAUCAAUUGUUGUGCUAAAGAGACAACUAGUCUCAUCAUGAAAGAUCUUGGUGAAGAAUAUUUUGCCAUACUUGCCGAUGAAUCUAGUGAUGUGUACCAACGGGAAGAAUUGGCUCUUUGCUUGCGGUAUGUUGACAAAAUUGGAUGGCCGGUUGAGAGAUUUCUUGGAAUUGUCCAUGUUGAGGACACUACCUCUCUGACACUUAAAAAGGCAAUUGAGAAACUAUUGAUGGAAAAUUCUUUGAGUUUUUCUAUGGUUCGUGGACAAGGAUACGACGGGGCCAGCAACAUGAAGGGUAAGGCUAAUGGUUUGAAGAAAUUAAUUAUGGAUGAGUCUCCUUCUGCUUAUUAUGUUCAUUGCUUUGCCCAUCAACUUCAGUUAACUCUAGUUGCUGUUGCUAAAGAGAAUGGUGACUGCUUUUCAUUCUUUCAACAACUUUCAUCUUUGUUGAAUGUCCUGGGUUUGUCUUGCAAAAAGAUACAAAUGUUUCGAGAAGCUCAAGCUGAUUAUCUUAUUGAAGCAUUGCAAUUAGAUGAAAUUGAAACCGGCAAAGGGCAAAACCAGGAGAUGGGUUUGGGAAGACCAUGUGAAACUCGUUGGGGAUCCCACUCUAAAACGGUGUCACAUGUUCUUUCUUUGUACCCUUCAAUCCAGAAAGUUCUCAAAAGGAUUGGAAAAGAGUAUAACAGUGCUGAGGGUAUUGGAGCUCAAACUAUAUUGAGAUCAUUUGAGUCAUUUGAGUUUGUUUUCAUGUUGCACUUGAUGGAAGAACUAUUUGGGUACACAGAUGUCUUGAGCCAAGCUUUGCAAAGGAGGGAUCAAGAUAUUGUGAAUGCUAUUGAUCUAAUUUCUCUCACUAAGCAACAAUUGUUGAACCUGCGAGAAGAUAGUGGGUGGGAAUUAUUUCUAGAAAAUGUCAAGUCUUUUUGUCUGAAGCAUAAGAUCAAAGUGCCCGACAUGGAUGGAUUCUAUAAGUCAGCUCUACGAUCUAAUAAGUUCUUCAAGAAAGUUAAGAAUCUCCAUCGCUUUCGUAUUGAUAUGUUUUUGGGUCUCAUUGAUAGGCAACUUCAAGAGCUCAACAAUAGGUUUGAUGAGGUAAACACCGAAUUACUUGUCUGUAUGGCAUCAUUCAAUCCUGUUGAUUCAUUUGCUGCUUAUGAUCAAGAGAAGUUGGUCAAGCUUGCCCACUUUUAUCCUAAGGAUUUCUCAAAGACGGAAAUAUUGAAACUUCCUUAUGAAUUGUCAAUGUUUAUUGCUGAUAUGCGUAGAGAUGAAAGAUUUAGAAAGGUGAAGAAUAUUGCCCAACUUUCAGCCAAGCUUGUUGAGACAAAGAAGAACAAUAUCAUAUGCCAUUGUUUACAAGCUUCUCAAGUUGGUCUUAAUUCUGCCGGUGGCGACUGCUAGUGUUGAGAGGAUCUUCUCUUCGAUGAAUUAUGUGAAGAAUAAGUUAAGAGCCAAAAUGGGGGAGCAAUAUUUGAAUGAUUGCUUGGUUACUUUUCUUGAGCGUAAAUUCUUCAUGCAAGUAAAGGAAGACACCAUCAUUUCUCGCUUCCAAAAGGGUGAUCGUAGAGUUAAAUUUUGAUUCUUCUUGCUGCAAUGUAACUGAAUUAUUGGAUGCAGUGUUGCUACAAGUAAUAAUUUAUAGUUUCGCUGUUAUUAUUAUGAACUU